AUAUUGUAAAAUCAUUCUUGUGUAGAUACAGUACUUUUUCGAAAGUUUUUGAACUGAAGUCUUAAAGAUUUAUGUGAAAUUAACGGCAUUGCAUUUACGUCGUAAAAAUAAGUAAUUGUUCUUGUUUAAAAAUAAUUAAGACAUACUUCUCCCUAAAAGCUAAGAUUUUCAGUCAUCAUUAUGGAGCCGGAGCCUUUCAAAGAAUCACCCACACCUAGCUCAAGUGAGGAAGAUAGAAAAUACGUAAGCAAAGCUGUUGCAUUUGUCAUGGGACACGCGCGUAGUGGGUUUGUUUCACUGUGUGCUGGCUUGGCGACACUUUUUAAAGAAAAGGCAAAAUUAAAAGACGAAGUUGAAGAACUGCGACAGGAACUGGAACUUGCCAAAAGUGAACUUUGCAUGCAGAAAGAAUGCCACCCAGAAACUUUCAAAUAUUUAAAAGGUUGCGCCUGUGCAAAUUGUCGGAAGAAAAAACAGCAACAAUUCGAAUCCAUUUCUCCUCCAUUAAAUAAUGGCGAUAAGAUUGUCAUUUCUGGAGAAAUAUGUGGAACUGUCUGUUAUGUAGGUCACAUAGAUUCACUCCAAAAAUCAGAAAUAUACGUUGGUUUGUGUGUAGAUGAAGCGAUAGGAGAUUCAGAUGGUAGUGUUGGUGAGAAAACAUAUUUCAGGGUGCCAUCACGACACGGUUUUGUUGUUCCUCUCUCCCAUGUGUUAUGCGUUAUAAAAUGAAAUUAUUUCGCAGAAAUUUUAAGCAACGUUCAAAACUCAUUCUUUUUGCUUGUGACAGUUAUCUUAUAAAGUGCUAUUUCUUCGUCAAAUGCAUUUCAGAAUCUAGUUCUAUAUCUUCCACUGAAGGAUUUUUGGAAUGGAAUCUAAGAGCUGUUCUACUAAUAUUGUCCGUUUUCCACGAGAAGGUACAUGACUCCGCCUGCUUCACGUGGCAUCCGAUGUGGUGUGAUUCUAUUUCGGUGGAACGCAUAUUCGAAUCAUAGCAUUUUGUUGUUAAAAGCAGCAGUUUUUAAAAUGUAAGAAUAACGAAAGUAGCAACAUAUAAGUGAAGCAAGUGAUGUAAAGGAGACUAAGACUUUUUUUUUUUUUUUUUUUUUGCACAUUAAAAUGCACGUCAAAAUUAAGGUUGUCUGGUUGUCUCAUUUACAAGCGCGGGGAUAUGUUGACCGAUCACCCUCGCGUAAAAUUGAACUUGGCGUUCGAGAAGGCGGGGCGAAGUGCCUUCUCGUGGAAACAACAGACCGGUGAAAGUGUUGGAAAGUAAAGCAAUGAUGGCUCAUUUUUUAACAAAACUGGCUCAUAAAUUCCAUUUUCACUAAUCAGGUUUUGUUGAUUGUAGUUGAUAGUUAUGAAACAUGUAUAUGAGGAUUGAGGAUGUACAGGCAAAAAUGUACUGUCCCUUUCCAAUAGAAUCUGAACUUUUGAAUUAAUGCUAAUUUCCACCGUUCGAUGGCUCUUACGAUUUUAUUAAUAUUCUUCUGCAUUCAGUUUCUUUCAUGACUUUGUUAGUAAAUCUUGCCCAAUAUUUUAUUGUAAUACAUG